AUGGAUAAGGACAGCACGAACCUGGCUGACCAUCAGUAUGAAUGUGUUGCUGAGAUUGGGGAAGGAGCCUACGGGAAGGUGUUCAAAGCCCGAGACUUGAAGAACGGAGGUCGCUUUGUUGCGCUGAAGCGGGUACGGGUGCAGACCAGCGAGGAGGGGAUGCCACUGUCCACCAUCCGAGAGGUGGCAGUUUUGAGGCACCUGGAGACGUUCGAGCACCCCAAUGUGGUCAGAUUGUUUGAUGUGUGCACCGUGUCACGAACAGAUAGAGAGACCAAGUUAACGUUAGUGUUUGAACAUGUGGAUCAAGACUUGUCUACUUACUUGGAUAAAGUUCCAGAGCCUGGAGUGCCUACUGAAACUAUAAAGGUAUUUAAGCAGAUUUUGA